AUGAUCUCUUUCAUUUUAGUAUUAACUGAUCAUAUUCAAUGGAAGCAAAAUUGGGCUUUCAGUUGUGACUUUCCUGGUAAUGAUUUCAAGGAUGUUCAAAUCUCUGGUGAUAAAUGCAAUGCAGAAUGCUCUAAAACAUCAUCAUGUACUCAUUUCGCUUGGGCUCAGUGGCAAGGUGGUACUUGUUGGCUUAAAAAAGGACUCAUUUCUAAACGUGAAGCAAUCAAAACUGAUAAUCCUACUGAUAUCUGUGGAGUAUUAAUUGACACAGAAACAAGUGAUGCACCAGUACCAGGACCUCCAGGUUCACCAGGACCACGUGGACAAAAAGGUGAUAAAGAUAUAGCACCUACCAAAGAUGAUCCAUCAUCAACAUCAACGAUAAACAAUAUCAAUAUAACCAUGAUCGAUUUUUUACCACCAACAAAUAUUUGGUGCCCUUGGCGAGCUCAUAGUUGUACGCAAACGAUUCCUCGACCUGGACAAAUGACUAUUGUCAUGGAUCAAAAGGCUUCAUUACAAUUUGAACUUUAUCUAUCAAUCAGUAACGAUCCAACAAAUGAGAGCUAUGCUAUUCGUCUAACAGUCAGUAAGCAACAAGUACAAAUUAACAAAAUAGUUGAUGGUCUGACGAUCGUUCUAAACCAGACAGCUGACUCCGAUCAUGUUUUACAAGAAGAGAAAGAUCUUUAUUGGUUUAGUAUUGACUAUGUGGCUUUGUCUGUAAAAUAUGGAAACGGUGAAGUACGAGAUAAAUGUACACUGUUGCGAAGCUUCGUUCCAUUAAUGGAAAAAAACUAUCUUCGACAAAUUCAAUUUGUUCAUGUAUCAUUCAAAGGUAGUCGAAUAUUGUCCAAUUAUAAGUGGUAUGAAUACAAGGUGAUAUUGAAAAUUGGUUAUUAUCCUGUUGUUCUGGAUCCACCAUUAUUGAUUGUAGAACCUAGAAAUGCAAGUCUUUCAAUGCUUCUUGAUAAUUCUGCUAUGCUUCUAACACGUUUAGAGGAGCCGUGUCAAAAAUUAUACAAUGAUAUUAUUAGUUGGAAAUUUCAGGACGAUGAUUUUCCUUAUUUUUUUAAAGCUAUUGAACAAAGUAUUGAACGAGAAUCGGGUUGGUGUCAUAAAAAAUUGAAGGAGAAGUCGGAUCGAUUUGGAGUAUCUAAUAUAAAUGCUACAUAUUUAAGAAUUACAAUUACCAUGAACAGAGGUACUUCACCCGGUGCUCCUUAUGUUUUCGAAAUCUGGCCACCUGGUCACUAUAGCCCAAUUCAUUCUCAUGCCAAUACUUAUGGCAUUAUUCGUGUCGUAUACGGUACAAUUAAUGUAAAACUCUAUCGAACAUUCAAUCCCAAACGAACAAAACCAUUUCAUGAUACAACACUCUAUACGGAUCAAAUUACUUGGCUUUCGCCUGGUUUAAAUCAGAUUCACAAACUAGAGAAUCAAUCACCUAAUCAAACGUGCAUCACCAUUCAAGCGUACGAGUACCGUACCAAUGAAGUUAAUCCUUAUGAAUAUUUCGAUUUUAUUGCUAACGAUGGAAUCAAUAUUGGAAAAUUCGAACCUGUAUCUGACAUGGAUUAUGUGGAAUUUCGAAAUCUGAUGAAGAAAGAAUGGAAUGAUGAAAUGUAA